GCGAGGUCGUCGUAGAUGAGGCCAAAGCCGGUCGUCUUGCCGCCGCCGAACUUCGUCUUGAAGCCAAAGACGGAGAUCUGGUUCUCGUCGGCCACCUUGUAGAGGGACGCGAGGCGGCUGCGGAUGAGCUUGCUGGGGACGGUGCCGCACCAGCCGGGGUGGCUCACCUCCACGAUGAACUGCUUGCGGUUGAGCAGCUUGUUCACCUUGAACUGCGAGGUGCGGACCGUCACCUCCGCCUUCUUCUUCUGGAAGACCAUGCUGUUUUCCCUGAACUAAAGGGUACGGGCCGGUGGGGCACAGAACAAAAAAAAAUGAAGGAAAAACAACAAGGCAAAAGUAAACAAUAA